AUGGCGGUGGCCGUUUCGGCGGAUGGUGACGUGGUAUCGUUCUUGCGGCACGCGGGCGAGUGCUACGCGGAGCACAAGGAGCUGCUGCGCCGCAAGCACUUGGAGGACGAGCGGAGAGAGUGCCCGUUUAGGCCAACCGUAUCGGAGUACGCGGAGAAGAUGAGCCGUCACUCCAUCACCCGACGCAGCGAGGCCGUGGAGAAGCGGCUGCACGAAUUGCAUGCCAAACGUCUUGAGGUGGCGCAGGCGCAGCGGGCCGAGAGCCGAGAACGAGAAUGGGCUGAGAUGGCGGUGGAGGUGCGGGCACCUCAGGUGACGGCGCGUGCGCGCUCACUGGUCUCGCGUGACCCGGCGGAAGUCUCGCGGAAGUGGCUGGAGAAGCGGGAGGAGAAGUUCGCGCGACUCCGUGAGGAGGCGUUGCGGCGCGACCUGGAGGCACUCCGCGAGGUUCCACGCAUCUCGCAAUACGCGCAGGAGAGGUUUAUCGCUGAGCGCCACCAGGGUCAAGCGAUAGAAGACUACCUUAUGGCAAAGGAGGAGGCACGGCGGGAGCGCAUGUAUUGGCUGGCAGAAGAAGGUGUGGGUACGAACAGUAGCUUCAGCAACUCCUCCUUCUUCCGUCUUGGGAAGCUGCCUGAGCGGCAAGACGAGCCGCAGCCCGCGUUUACUCCCCGCAUUACGGAGUACACCAAACAACUCCACCGCUCGGGAAACGUUGAGGACCGUUUGCUUGCGGGGAGGGGAGAGGACAGGAAGGUACCACACGAUACGUCAUGCACCUUUGCGCCGCGCAUCGCUCCGGCAUCGCUAGAGAUGUCCAAGAACUACUACAGUGAUCCAAAUGCCUUGGUGUAUGACCGAUUGUACCGUAAUGACGCAAUGAGGCUGCGUGAGCUGCGGCGUAAAAGGGCGAACGUGGCAUCGCAAAAGGAAUCGACGGGUAUUCCCCGCAUCAGUGAGACGUCGCGCCUCAUUGUGGAGCGCAAGAGGGCAGAAGCGAUGGAAAAGGAAUUGCAACAUAGCCCGACAACGCGUCUUCACCCUUCCUUGUGCGAGGCCUAUAAGUAUGCCCAGAAAAAGCAGCCGCUUCUACAGGCGCGGCAGAAGGAAGAGAAGGAGCGGUGCACAUUUAGACCGCGUGUCAAUCCCACUUCCGAAAAAAUGUGGCGACACCAAUUGCAGAUGCUGCAGGAGGACGGAUACGCGCGAACGGCGGAGGGUGCGCGGGAACUUUUGUGGCGGCGCUCACAGCAACGUAUGGAGGAAGAGGCUCGACGACGCCGGGCGAUGGAGGAGGCGCAGGAGAUGGAGGAGUGCACAUUUCACCCGAAAGUAGGACGUUCACCGGAGCGCCGCGUGGGCCGCGAACUCUCCCUCUCACAGCGCAAUGAGAUGUGGCAACGGCAGCGAGAUCGGCGCCUGCGUGAGGCCAGGAUGGAGUUGGAACGCACGCAGUUGUCUGAGUGUUCCUUUCAUCCCACGGUGGAUUCGGUGUUUCCGCUGCCUGCGCACGACGCGACGGUUGUUUCUGGGUACGAGGCUCACGUUUUGCGGCAGGAGGAGUCGCGCCGGCGCAAGCAGGAGACACAGGAGUGGUGGCGGCCAAAGACGGUAUCUCCAAAGGGGCCGAAUGCCUCGCGUCAAACAUUUAGCUCCGUUUCAGAGCCUCGACGUCGACACAGACAGCCGCGGCAGGGAUCCGAAGGCAUGCGACAAGUCUCGGCGUCAUCUUCACAGAGAAGCUGUAGUACCUCCUUCUCAGGUAGGAACCGCACGCAGUUUGUGGUGAAUCAGGCCCCAUCGUGCGCUAGUUUGGUGUCGCCAGGUUCUGCAUCCCCCUUAUCACCGCGGCCGUACCAUCAAAAUUUAAACCAUCGAAGGCUUCACUACAGUGGCGACAACGGCAUUGGUGCCGCGGUGCAGAGUGUCAAGCCAAGUCCCGUAGAAUUUAUUAUCCGCCAUCACCGGGCGAUUGUAGAGUCGUCGCGGCGGCGUGGGUAG